UUGUUGCUUCUGUUUCACCGCCACCAACACACUAGGGGGCGCUGCCCAAUUCAAGCAGUGCACUUGCGGUUGUAAAACGGAUGUUCUCAGAGCUCCGUUCUCGCAACGCAAUUUUAAAAAAAUAUGCCAUGGCUGCUGGCGAUCUAAGGAUUCCCGGAGAAGGUGUUCUAAUAGGAGAUAAACUUUAUUCCGGCGUUACUUUAACGUUAGAUAAUUGCCGGGUGCCAGCGGAGCGGCUACAGAGCAGCCCGUCCGCCGACCAUGGCUUGACCUCGAUCGCCGAGGAGCAGCUUAGGAUGCGCGGCUGUGAGUUGAUCCAAGCCGCUGGCAUCUUGCUCAAACUUCCACAGGUAGCGAUGGCCACGGGACAAAUUCUCUUCCAGAGAUUUUUCUACUGCAAAUCGUUCGUCCGACACUGUGCAGAGAUGGUGGCCAUGGCGUGUGUACACCUCUCCUCUAAGAUCGAGGAGGAGCCGCGCCGGAUACGAGACGUGAUCAACGUGUUUCACCAUCUGAAGAAGGGCAGAGGGGGCCGAACACGUCCGCCGCUGCCAUUGGACGCCGCGUAUGUCAAUACUAAGGCUCAGGUGAUCAAAACGGAAAGGAGGGUUCUGAAGGAGCUGGGCUUCUGCGUGCACGUCAAGCACCCCCACAAGGUAAUAGUCAUGUACCUUCAGGUUCUGGAGUGUGAGAAGAACACUCCCCUGGUUCAAAUGGCCUGGAACUACAUGAACGAUAGCCUGCGGACGGACGUUUUCCUGAGGUACAGUGCUGAGACGGUUGCCUGUGCCUGUAUCUACCUGUCAGCCAGAGCUUUACAGAUACCUCUGCCAGAGCAGCCCGCCUGGUUCCUGUUGUUCGGCUCGGCGGAGGAGGACCUGAAGGAGAUCUGCCGGAGGAUCCUGCGGCUGUACGCGCUGCCCAGCGUGUCCCUGGCCGCCCUGCUGCUGCAGGUGGACAAGUGUCGCCAGGCCAUGGACGCCGUGGCCGCCAAGGCCAAGGCCGCGGGCACGGUGCUGCUGUCCAUCGGGACGCCCACCCUCGACAGCCCCGCUAACUUCUCCCCCGCCUCCAAAGCAGUGUCACCUGCUGUGCCAAAUCCCGGUCAUGAAUCUCCUGUGUCAAAAGUUGCCCUAAAAAAUGCCUGCCGAAAACUAGCGAAUGGAGAUGGGAAGAGCAAACUAAGUCGCAGCGCCGAGAGGAGAGAGAGCCGAGCCCCCAGUCCUCCAAAGCGCAGACGCAGUCGCAGCGUCUCGUCCGCCUCUCGCUCCGCCUCACCGCUACGACGCAAGAAGCACGCGGUCCACAGGGAGCGGGAGAGGGAGAGGGAGCGGGAGCGGUACAGGGAGCGAGACGGGGAGAGGAGUCGCAGAGGAGCAGAGAAGGGUCGUGGACGGAGGGAGGAACACUCGCGUAGGAGAUGACUGGACUCGCCACGGGGAGGUCGAGGGUUUAUGAUUUGGGAUUUUUUUUGUUUUUUUGUUUUUUUUCAGGGUCUGACUAUGUUUUUAUAGUGUUAUUUUUCCUGCUACGUGCUGCAUUUUUUUUUUUGUUCCUCUUUGCAUUUUCUUUUUUGUAAACGCUCAAAGACAAAAGUGAUCAUGACUUUUUAAAUACAAUAUUUUUUAUAAUCAUCAUUCAUGUCGUUUCCCGUUGGAGUUCCAUUAUGCCACCCCAAAUUCACCCACAAUUGUAUUCUAUUGAAGCCAUUUCUGGUGGCUUAAAGUUGUUAUAAAAUGAGUUUUUGAAAGUCUUCUUGCUGGAUGUCUUCAGUACUACCAUACUAUCAUAUGCUGUGGAGACCUAUUGCCCACAACAUGGCGCACAACAAAAGUGUUUCUUAGAUACUCAACAAAAGCCCAUGAAAAUUCAAUAGAAAUCCUGGCACCAUUAAUACAAAAAGUAUUUAUUUAUCUCAACAUAAUGUGUAAGCACAUGCACCCUCACAAAGUUUGGGAUGUGUCUGCAAACAACGCAUGUCGAGGUUGUACUGAUUAGUCCCCUGGGAGCUGUGAACCUGAUCCUAGCGAUACGUGGGAGCUCUGUGAUGCUCAGGUACUUCCUGGGGGUAUUGCAUGCAUCGUUAACGAAAUCGAAUGAAAAAAGCACCAAUGCCGUCAAUUUUGUCAGGUGACGAACGGAU